ACCUGAGAGAAGGAAAGUGGAUGCCCAGGGCUCUUAUGGGACCAAUUUAAUAGCGCAAUACUAAAGGACCCAAAAGAAUUUUGGGCUCAAACUGUUCUUCAAAUAGCAGUAUUAACAACUCUUCACUGUAAAAACGCCUCAUCAUGGACCCCUCUCCCUUUCUCUCUCCGGCCAUCUUGUUCUCCAAGAUUCUCGAUAGGCAACCGUCUCAGAUAAAAUAAGGAGUUGGGAAGAGUCUUUGUGCAAAAUGAGAAAACAAUCUUUUAGUGGGAAUGAGAAGAAAGUCUUCAAUACUGACAAGACAACUGACAACAUUGAUUGCACCUGCCAAGCACCCAAUCUCCAUAGAGAGCAGAAGAAUAUAGUUUCCAACCAGAUUGAUCAAAGUGCUGGUCAUAAGACAAAGAAAAGUAGAAGAGAACUGAAGGCUAUGGACCGAAGAUCUGAUUCCAUCGACUUGAUCUCGCAAUUGCCUAACCAUGUUAUCCAUCAUAUCCUAUCUCUCCUACGGUGCAAGAAAGAUGCGGCUCGAACUAGUAUUUUGUCUAAGAGGUGGAGGGCCAUAUGGGCUUCUUACUUGAUCUUGGAUUUUGAUCAACGCAAGUUCCAAAAGCAAGAGAAAAAAGUGCGCCGACUCUCUAGCAAGAGUAAAAAGAGGAAAGAGGUAGAAAUCAACAAGAAGAAUGAGAUGUUUAGGGCUUUUGUUGAGAACACACUGCGGACUCACAUUGAGCAAGAUUCUGGCAUACAGAAAUUCAAGCUUCAUUUAACCUCCUAUAAUGUAGAAUUGUCUGCUCAUGUGGACCAGUGGAUAGGUUUUGCAACUACAAACAACAUCAAAGAUUUGGAUCUCUAUAUUCCAAGCAAGAAAGAUAGAUGUUAUAAUUUGCCUCAAACUGUCUUUGCUGCCAGUACCAUAACAGCAUUAAGGAUUUCUGGCUGCAAGUUGAGAACUUGUAUUGACAUUAAGCUUUCCAAUUUGCAAAAACUCUGUUUUGCCAAACUUCGUGUUGAUGGACAGAUGAUUCAAAAUCUGAUGCUUAGUUGCCCUUUAAUUGAUGAUUUGAGACUCAUUUAUUGCACUGGACUGAAAACUUUACUGCUGUCAAGUAAUAAACUCUAUAGAGUUGAUAUACAUUUUUGCCAUGGAUUGAAGAAUGUUGAAGUGCUGUCACCAAAUCUUCAAACAUUCUGGUACCAUGGGAAGAAAUCUACUCGCUGCAAAAUCAACUUGGCAAUGUGUAAAGAUUUGAAAAGUUUGACUUUGGAGGAUGCCAACAUGAGUGAUGAUUGGUUUCAAAAUCUGCUUUCUAAUUUUUCUCUCAUUGAGCAACUGAUCUUGAGUAAAUGUAAUGCCUUAAGGCAUAUUACAAUAUCAGGUCGUUGGCUUAAGAAACUAGCCUUAAUGGAAUGCAGAGAGUUAACAGAGGCUGAUAUCGAUACUCCUAAUCUUCUUUCUUUUGAAUAUAGGGGUCAGAAGAUGCCAUUUUCUUCUUUGAACCCUUUUAGUUUAAAGGAGGCAAAGCUUUAUUUUGAGUCUUCUAGAUUGCAGCCGGAUAAUGGUGGCCAGCUCUUGUUUUAUGAGUUGCAGAAUUUUCUCCAUAGGUUUGAUUGCUCUAAGAGCUUGAAAUUGGUUAUUCGCUCGAACAAGGAUGUCAUUAUUCAUGAAGAUCUGAGAGAAAUUUUAGUGCCUGAAAUCUUUGAUGUCAAGCUUGAGAUUAUCAAACCAUCAACCAGCUUGGAAGUCAUAUUAGAUAGUUUGCUGCGGACAUGGCAUCCAGAGACCCUAUCAAUAGUAUCAUCUACCAUCAGUGAUUUCCCUGAGCAAGCACAUAUGAAGUUGGCGGAUAGAAGACAGGCAGCAAGCUGCUGCAAUUACAACACUUUGAACAACAAAUGCUGGCGUCAUUUUUUGAUGGAUGUUACCACUGAGAACCUGGGUGAUACUGAAAAGAAAUCUAACUGGAUUGAUUGGCUGAAGUCUUCUGCACAUUUAGUUAACAAGAUGACUUGCUUUAGAUUAACCUGGAAGCAGCGAUAGGCAAUGUGUGUUGGUUAUGUUGAAUUUAAAAAUUGACUUUAUUUAAUGUGUACAUAUUUUGGGACCUCAAACCUUAUGGGUUACUAUUUUCUAGUUUUUAAUGUAUGCAGAUUGUUGAGCAUAAAUUGCAAUCUACUUUCAGAAACAUCCACCACUCAUUUACAUA